AUGGUAGUGGGAAGUGAACAGCCUGAAUUGUAUCCCAUUACAGAUGAUGAUGAGAAUGAUAAGGGAGAUGACGAUGUGGAUUUCAAAUUAAGUGAAGAUAAGGAUGAAGAGGGUGAUGAAUUUGAUGGGACUAAUAAGGUCGAUGACGAUGUGGAUUUCAAAUUAAGCGACUCUGAGGACGACGAGGGUGAUGAAAAUGAUGGGAAUGAAGAAGAUUGUGGAUAUGGAGACAAUGACAUCUAUGCAGGUAAAUUUUUUGAUUUCAUAUCUGAGAUAAAAUUAGCUUAUAAAACAUACGGAAAGGAGACGGGAUUUGCAGUCAGGAAAAGAACCCAGCGCAAGAAUCCAUCAGGCGUCGUUAGAAGUUUUUCUUACUGUUGUAAUAAGCAUGGGAAACCUAGUGUGAAUAGAAACCCAGCUAAACAAAACAAGACUAACAGAUGUGAGUGCAAAGCUGGAUUAACUGCACGUUUAACCCCAGAUAACAAAUGGGAGAUUUCGACAUUCCAUGCUGCGCACAAUCACAUUGUUAGUUCUGAAAUGUCUCGAAUGAUGCCUUGUUACCGACAUAUCCCUCCAGAUGUUAGACAUCGCCUUGAUGCUAAUGACCAGUCAGGAAUCAAGAUGCACAAAAGUUACAUUUCGGUGGUAAACGAAAAUGGAGGGUAUCAUAAUAUGACAUGUACAGAAAAAGAUUGUAGAAAUAUUACAAAAGACUUGAGGGAAUUAAGACUUGGAAAGGGAUAUGCAGAAGCUAUAAUAAGAUAUUUUAUGAACAAGGUUAGCCACAAAUCAAAUGAACAUGAAGACUUUUAUUAUGCUAUCGAUGUAGAUGAAGAAAAACAUUUGAGGAAUGUAUUCUGGGCAGAUGGUUGGUGUAGAGAAGCUUAUAAAGAAUUUGGAGAGGUUGUUACUUUUGAUACUACUUACUUGACUAAUCAGUAUCACAUGCCUUUCGCUCCUUUUGUAGGGACAGCACACUUCAGAACUGACCACUCAAAGGAGCAAGCAAGUGAUCUGCAGCUGACAAUUGACAGUUUCAGCUUGAACCAGGGAUUCAUCCUUGUCCUUGUUGAUCUUCUUUAG